AUGUCCUCACGACUCCAAACGACGUCGAGCCCGUCCUCCGCUCUUACAGCCCUGUCGACGGAACUGCCCUCCGCACGCCGCAGCUCAGAGACGGGCAAGGCGUGGGUUGAUCCGGCGUCCUUGCCCCACUACCACCACGCCUCGCCUAUCGGGGGAAAUGCGCCGGACUACGUCAAGCAGCUGAACUACAACACGUUCAUGUGCUACGGCGUCGGUGAGGACGACUGCUUCGGCUCCAAAGUCGGCAAGGCGGUCAGGUUCAUUGAGGUGAACGUGAACCGGAAGCUCGAGAAACAGGGCAGGCUCGAGGCGACGACGAUUGCUGAGAUCGAGGUUACGAAACACAUGCUAAACGGCGCCGGGAUGCUGCAUGGAGGUUGUGUGGCCUAUCUUAUUGACAACUGCUGUAGCACGCCGCUCGUCGUCCUGGGCCUCAUCCAGAGCGUCAACGGCGUAGGCGUUACGCAAUCGAUGAACGUUCUCUUUCAUUCCCCUGCUCCUCGUGGUACAUGUCUCAGAAUCAUCAGCAGUUCCGUUUCACUCGGUGGGCGUGUCAUGUCAUCGCGGUGCGAGAUCAUCGAUAAGGACACAGGGCGCGUCGUAGCAUCCGCGUUUCUCAACAAAAUGCAACCAACUAUCUCGAAGCUAUGA